UAAAGAAACAAAGGGGCUUAAUUCGUUUGUAGGGUUUUUGCCCUUUUUUUUUCAUCUUUCAGUGCGUUCUUGUUGUUCGAUUCUCCGGCGAAGUUUCGGCCAAGAUCCGGGGAGUUGUGAUCUCUAGGGAAGUUCGUGUUCGUUUGUCGGUCUCUGAUCGGCGCGAUGAUCUCGUUGAAGAACGGCGCUGGGAUGGUCCCUCGAUCCGCUUUCGUGUCGGAUCGAGCUGAUGAAGUCUUCUCCGUGAAGCCCGAGCUGUCGGUUUCGUCUUCAUCUUCGUCGAUCCUCCUCCAGCAGUUCAAUAAUUCUCAUGAAGCUGAUGAGGACACUCGCUUGGCUCUUGCUCAUCAACUGUACAAAGCCGGCGACUUUAAGCAAGCUCUGGAGCACAGCAACAUGGUUUAUCGUAGAAGUCCUCUACGCACCGAUAAUCUUCUUCUUCUUGGUGCUAUAUACUACCAGUUGCAAGAUUAUGAUAUGUGCAUAGCUAGAAACGAAGAAGCUCUACGCGUUCAACCUCAGUUUGCUGAGUGUUAUGGAAACAUGGCAAAUGCAUGGAAGGAAAAAGGGGAUACCGAUCUAGCAAUUCGAUACUAUUUGAUUGCCAUUGAGCUUAGGCCUAACUUCGCUGAUGCUUGGUCAAAUUUGGCUAGUGCAUACAUGCGGAAAGGAAGAUUGAGUGAGGCAACCCAAUGCUGUCAGCAGGCUCUAACCUUGAAUCCCCUUCUGGUUGAUGCACAUAGUAACCUGGGGAAUCUGAUGAAAGCGCAAGGAUUGAUUAAGGAAGCAUACAGUUGCUACCUUGAAGCUGUUCGCAUACAACCAACAUUUGCGAUUGCAUGGUCGAAUAUUGCGGGUCUUUUCAUGGAAUCGGGUAAUCUUAACGGAGCCCUUCAGUAUUACAAGGAAGCCGUGAAGCUUAAACCUGCAUUUCCUGAUGCUUAUUUAAAUCUAGGCAAUGUAUACAAGGCUCUUGGAAGGCCUGCUGAGGCAAUCAUGUGUUAUCAGAAUGCUCUACAACUGCGACCAAAUUGUGCAAUGGCAUAUGGAAAUCUAGCCAGUAUGUAUUAUGAGCAAGGUCAACUGGACCUGGCAAUCCUCCAUUACAAGCAGGCUAUUUCCCGGGAUCCACGAUUUCUGGAGGCUUACAACAACUUGGGUAAUGCACUGAAGGACAUCGGACGAGUAGAUGAAGCAAUACGAUGUUAUAACCAAUGUCUUACUUUGCAACCUAACCAUCCACAAGCAAUGGCAAAUCUUGGAAAUAUAUAUAUGGAGUGGAAUAUGAUGGGUCCCGCUUCUUCAUACUUCAAGGCUACUUUAGCUGUUACUACAGGAUUAUCUGCUCCUUUUAACAACCUCGCGAUAAUUUAUAAACAACAGGGAAAUUAUGCUGAUGCUAUAUCCUGCUACAAUGAGGUCCUCCGCAUUGAUCCGUUGGCAGCUGAUGCACUUGUUAAUAGAGGCAAUACUUACAAAGAGAUUGGUAGAGUAACUGAAGCAAUACAAGAUUACAUGCAUGCUAUUAAUGUUCGGCCAACAAUGGCUGAAGCUCACGCGAAUCUGGCUUCAGCUUACAAGGACAGUGGACACGUGGAGGCGGCCAUUACAAGUUAUAAGCAGGCCUUGCUGAUACGACCAGACUUCCCAGAAGCAACUUGUAACCUUCUACACACAUUACAGUGUGUGUGUAGUUGGGAGAACCGCGAUAAAAUGUUCGCUGAGGUUGAAGCUAUUAUCAGGAAGCAAAUAAAUAUGUCAGUACUUCCAAGUGUCCAGCCCUUCCAUGCAAUAGCAUAUCCUAUAGAUCCUAUGCUAGCACUUGAAAUCAGUCAUAAAUAUGCGGCACACUGCUCGAUAAUUGCUUCACGAUUUGGACUACCUUCCUUCAACCAUCCAGCUUCAGUCCCUGUAAAGCGUGAUGGAGGGUUUAAGAGGUUAAGGGUCGGGUAUGUGAGCAGUGACUUUGGCAAUCAUCCAUUGUCACACCUUAUGGGAUCCGUGUUCGGGAUGCACAACAGAGGAAACGUUGAGGUUUUCUGCUAUGCAUUGAGUCCAAAUGAUGGUACCGAGUGGAGACAACGUAUCCAGUCAGAAGCCGAGCAUUUCAUGGACGUCUCUGCUAUGACAUCUGAUACUAUUGCCAAAAUAAUAAAUGACGAUAAAAUCCAGAUCCUCAUCAAUCUAAAUGGUUACACCAAGGGGGCUAGGAAUGAAAUAUUCGCCAUGCAGCCUGCGCCAAUCCAGGUUUCGUAUAUGGGUUUCCCAGGGACAACUGGAGCUACAUACAUUGAUUACUUGGUGACUGAUGAGUUCGUGUCUCCCCUGCAAUAUGCACAUAUUUACUCAGAGAAGCUUGUCCAUCUCCCCCACUGCUAUUUUGUAAACGACUACAAACAGAAAAACCAGGAGAUAUUGGACCCAAAUUCCAAGCCUAAGCGAUCAGAUUAUGGUCUUCCCGAAGACAAAUUCAUUUUCGCAUGCUUCAACCAGCUGUACAAGAUGGAUCCUGAGAUCAUCAAUACUUGGUGCAACAUUCUUAAGCGAGUGCCCAAUAGUGCUAUUUGGCUUCUCCGCUUCCCUGCAGCCGGAGAGAUGAGGCUUCGUGCAUAUGCUGUUGCCCAAGGUGUACACCCUGAUCAGAUUAUUUUCACGGAUGUCGCCAUGAAAAAUGAGCAUAUCAGGCGUAGUGUCCUAGCUGAUGUUAUCCUCGACACGCCUCUGUGCAAUGGGCACACAACGGGUACGGAUGUGCUUUGGGCUGGUGUGCCGAUGAUAACACUUCCGCUCGAGAAAAUGGCCACUCGAGUCGCUGGAUCGCUCUGCCUUGCAACCGGCCUGGGCCAUGAGAUGAUUGUUAACAGCUUGGAGGAAUACGAAGAAAAGGCCGUAUCAUUAGCAAUGAACAAGCCGAAGCUUCAGGCACUUACUGAGAAGCUGAGGACUAACCGGUUAACUUGUCCUCUGUUUGACACCAUGCGCUGGGUGAAGAACCUCGAGAGAGCAUACUUUAGAAUGUGGAACCUCCACUGCUCGGGGCAGCAGCCGCAGCACUUCAAGGUAACAGAAAAUGACUUGGAAUACCCAUCUGAUAGCUAGAGACAAAGGAGAGGGGGGAAAUGGAACGGCAUUGUACAUAAAACCUGAGAGAUUUAGUAGGCAAAAAAGAUUGAAAUCGAUAAAGAGGUAAAAGAAACAAUGGAGUUGUGUACGAUAUAGACAGAAGCCGCUAUUAUGUGUGCUAUGGCUAUGUAUUUUAACUGGGGGAGCUGGUGAAAUCCCCCGGUACCCUUAUCCUCUGAUCCAUAAAGUCUUCAAGGGCUCUCUAUGUCAGUCCGAGGGAAGAUUUGAUGUAUUUCACCAAAGUCUCUUGUUCUGAGCCCUGUGAUUUUGUUUGCUCUGCUGACUGAUGAAUGAUUCAGUAGCAAUCAAAAUGAUGCAGCCGAGAGCCAUCACCCUCA